CCUGGUUAGUUGUAUUAGACUGGACUUUAUUACAAACAUGGCGACUCUAGUUAUCAUUCUGUGGACGAUUUUACCAUUAUAUACGGAGUGUAUAUUAUUCCCUGGACAAGAUGAAGGUCCUCUGAUCGCCGUGUUGGAUAUUCUGGCAACAAAAAUGGAUAUCUUUGAUCCGUCUGGUGGAGUCAAUGCUACUAUCAUUGAAGAGAUAAAUUUAGAGAAUGGACAAGCAGGUGGUUCCUGUGGUAUAGAUUUUAAUUACAGAGGGAAUAUGAUUUAUUGGACUGAUGUAUACGCUAAGAAAGUCUACAGUUUAAAGGCUGGUGAUGAAGAACAGGAGGUUAUAUUGGAAGGUGGUUUGGGUUCCCCGGAAGGUCUGGCGUAUGAUUGGAUACAUAAUAAUUUAUACGUCAGUGACUGGGAACUACAUAAAAUCAUGGUAAUCAACCCAGAAACUGGAGUCAGGAAAACAUUAUUAACUGAUGUACAUCGUGUUCGAGAUUUGGAAGUGGAUCCUAGAACAGGUUGGUUAUACUGGAUAUCUGGUUGGGAUGAAACAGCUCUGUUGAUGAAGUCAACAUUGGACGGACAGAACCAAGUUGUAAUAUCUUCCGACUUAAGAAGGCCAAUGAGUUUAUCUUUGGAUUAUGAUGAACUGAAAUUAUAUUGGACUGAAAUAUAUCCUGUAAACUCGAUUAAAAGUAUUCGUGUCGAUGGAGAAGGCCAGACCAUAGUUCAUCAACUAGGCUCACAUUUUUGGUUCUCGCCAAAAUAUAUAACUGUAACAAAGGAUUAUAUCUACUGGACUCAAGGUAUAACAUUUACAGUUUUCGGACGAGCCAAAAACAAUUCUGGAGAAGUUAUCCUAUACAGAAAUUUAUUAAAGUAUGGUCGAUGGGAUCUACAGAAAAAUAAAUUUAUGGGGAUCCUUGCCAUAGAUCCAAGAAAACAGACAAUAAGCGUGUGUGGAGAUAAUAAUGGUGGAUGCUCCCAUUUUUGUCUUCCGACAUUGAUAUUGUCUGUUCCGCCAUAUAACUGCGCAUGUCCAGAUGGAAUGGAUUUAAUGAAUGACAAUUCAACCUGUUCAGGUGGAAUGAACUCAGUGGAUGGUAACUCAACAUCUUCAGGCGAAAUGAACUCAAUGAAUAUUAACUCAACAUCUUCCAGUGGAAUGAAUUUAAUGGAUGGCAACGCAACAUCUUCAGACGGGGUGAACUUAAUGGAUGACAACCCAACAUCUUUAGAUGAAGAAAUGAACGUAAUGGAUGACAACUCAACAGCUGAAAUACAAAUUUGACCUUUGACCCCAUGCCUCGGUUCACUCGGCAUCGGUUUGUCUUAGUUACAAGAUAGCGACCUUAUUCAUGACAUUUAGGCAAAUAAAAUGGUAGGCAUACAUGUAUAGGCAAUACUGUACCCAGCAGACUCAAUGGGACCUAAUAAUGUAGGCAUACAUGUAUAGGCAAUACUGUACCCAGCAGACCCAAUGGGGCCUAAUAAUGAUAUAAAUAAUAAGUAAGAAAAUUAUGUAAAUAAAUGUAACCAAAUCGAAGAUUUAUUUAGGUCUUAAAUGCUAUCUAAAUUAUUAAUUAGAUAUUAAUUAACUUAUUAAGACCAUAAUCAACUCUCCAUGCUUGCGAUAUUUAGUGGAUUGGAAUACGUUUUGUGAUGAAUUAUCCGAUUUAACGUAAAAAUGGAUAAUCGAGACUGUGUUUAUUAUCGUAUCAACGGUAGUAAUGACGAUCCAGGCUAGCCUAAAUCUAAUCGCUAAUAUCUCGGUUCAGAGUGAAGUAAUUUGAUUGAAAUUUUCAGCAUAUUCUGUUUUCAUUAUCUAUUUUUUAACUAUUAUAGUGAGAACUGUCAGAUCUAUAUCUAAUCUUAUCUAAUACCCCUUUAAAGAAGGUCAAAAUAAAAUAUUUAUAUGACGAUAUAUUGCUUAAAGAAUGUAAACAUUUUUUAAAUUUAGGUCAAAUAAAGUCUUGCGAUACGAUGUGUUAUUUAGAUCAGGAAAAGUAUUAAUAAGAUGUGUUAAUUUAGGUCAAAUAAAGUUAUGAAGUAUUAUCUAGGUCAAAUAAAUUUUGUGAUACAUGUUAUUUAGGUCAAAGUAUUGUUAGGUCAAAGUAUUGAUGCGAUGUGUUAUUUGGGUCAAUGAAGUUUUGUGAUAAGUUUUGUUAUACGAUGUGUUAUUUAGGUCAAAUAAAGUAUCGAUGCGAUGUGUUAUUUAAAUCAAAAAAGUAUUGACACGAUGUGUUAUUUAGGUCAA